GCGGCAGGUGCAAAAUUGCAAACAGCUCAAGGGACAGCAAGUCCCGAUUCCGGCUGUGAGUCCAAUUGGCCGACUGUCUCUGUUGACGUAAACCUCAGCGAAUCCAUUUCGCACUGCGCUCCGCGACGUCGGGGAAACUAUUCUGUAUUGGAAAAAUUGCAGUUGCCCCUGUGGUUUACGAACAUGACUCGGAGGGGAGAGAUCAUGACGUCCUACUCAAUCAUCACAGUCACAGUUUUGGCGAUGACACUUUUAAUGUGCUCGGGGAUCAGUGCCCUGAGAGAAGAAUUUUACUCCACCAGCUGCCCCAUUUACAAGAAGAUGCAAGAGCUCGUAGUCGACGAAGAAGAUCUGCCUGCCUACAUCCUCCGUCUUUUCUUCCACGACUGCUUCGUUCGCGGAUGUGAUGCGUCCGUGCUUUUAGCUGGAUUAGGAACGGAAAGAACAGCCGCUCCCAACGCUCGCCUUGACGGCUUUGACGCUCUGGAAGUUAUCAAGGCAAAAUUGAGAAGGUAUGCCCUCGCACCGUUUCGUGCGCCGAUAUCCUGACAUACGCAGCCCGUGACAGUGUGAGACUGAGCGGAGGGCCAUUCUACACAGUCGCAGCUGGACGCCGCGACGGAGUUGUCUCGAAAGCAUCGGAAGCGGUCGCUGCGUUACCCAGGACCAAAAUGAAUGUGGACCAGCUGAAGGCCAACUUCGCCAGUAACGGGCUGGAUCUAGACGACAUGAUCACUCUGUCCGGCGCUCACACACUCGGGGAGACUGCAUGCGUCCAUCUCGACGACCGAAUCUACAAGUACCCUAGUCCAUCAGGCGUCGACCCCAACAUCCCCAAAGACUUCUUGGACAAGUUGAAGAAGAAAUGUGACAAGCCUGGUCUAACGAAGAAGAAGUUCGAUCUCGACACGAGCACCAGUGCCAAAUUCGACGGCAAGUACUACUCCAACCUGAUGAGCAGAAGGGGCACUCUACAGUCGGAUCAGGUACUGUACGACGACGCCAGGACUCGGUACGCGGUAACUUAGAACGCCAACAACGGAAAAUUCUUCGCCAAAUUUGGACCUGCCAUGCAGAGGUUGGGCAAUAUCAAGCCCCUCGAGGGGUCUGAAGGUCAGAUCCGUCUCCGGUGCAGCUACGUGAACUCAGCUCCUGCUUCAUGAUAGACGCUGGAUGUAGGCGGUAUGCGUAUACGGUGAAACCGUGUGCAUAUAUCUGAUCCAGGCGUGUGUCCAAGCAGGACACCUUGAAAAGGCUUUUGACUAUUUUAGCAAAAUGAAAGCUGCGGGUGUGCGACCAAACGCAGUCACAUACAACAGCUUGCUGCGAAGACAUCGAAACUAUGGGACACUCCCUGAAGUGCAACGCGCACUAGCUUUGUACGAAGAAAUGCGCGAGGCAGGCCACGUGCCGAAUGACUUUAUACUUCAGGAGCUAAUCAAGGAGUGGGUUGAAGGCCUGUCCAAUCCGUCGAGUUUUGUAGCUUCUGGUGAUGCCGGCUUGAUGAAAUUCUCAGAAGCAGUGCUUCAGAAAGUGGCUGUUGAUGCGAGGAGAGAAGCCGAGGACAACAGGCACAUGACCAUAGACUUGCAUGGCUUAACCAAAGGUGAGGCUCGGGCAGCUGUGUUAGUUGUGCUUCGAGCUAUCAAGGAGCGCUACCUGCAUGGCAUUCCUGUAGAGGAUGAUUUGAUAAUCAUCACAGGGAUCGGCAACCACAGCGAGACGAAGGGCAAGUCAGUUCUGCGGGAUGUUGUCCUUGGCAUUUUGCAGAAAGAACUUGGCCUCACUGUUGUCUCAGUUCUGUCAGACGCUCCGGAUCGUCAAGUUUCUGGUUUGCAGGUUGCAAGAAGUAGUGGAGAUACCAGUAGUGCAGAGGACGAGGAGCUGCGAAAACCCCUGAGUGAAACACUUGAGCCUAGGAAGCCAUCCAGAAUAAUCAACUCAGGUGGACUGAAAUUGUUUAUCUAUUUCAACUAUCAAAAUUUGAAAUAAAAAUAUUUGAAGAGUUUUAGAUGCAAA